GGCCGGUUCAGUCGUCUCCCUGUUUCUGCUCUCUCGCUGUGUGUUUCCUGAUGGCGCCCGGCGCUGCACGCACCCCUAACCGGACAUUUCAUCGCGUGCCCUGACAUAUUUUUCCGCCAAAAUGCGGAUCCCUACUUUCCUGCUUGCUCUCUGGAGGCUUCGUGAAUCGGCGGCUGGAGGGGAGGUAAAGCGGCUGAGAUAACUCAUUGGGUGCUAUGGUGGAUCCAUCUGGACGGGACAGAGUUCUGCUUUUCUGAAAGCACUUUCCACAGAGGUGGGUCAUACUUAGGACGGUUUUACUUGACAUUUCGUUCAUUUCAUUGAAACCUGUAUUUGACCAGUAGUUGUCACUUCAAUAAAAGUGAAUGGAGCCGGUUUUAAAAGUUGAUAAAGUUGGUUCAGAUUUAUGUUCUGUUCACUUUCUGACUAGUUUGGACCUUUUAGACCUGAUACAGGCCAUGAUGCGUAAUCAGGAGUUAAGCCUCAGUCUCUUAAUCUUCUUGACAACUAAUUGGACGCACUCACUUUGGACUCUUAUUCUGAAUUGUUUAUCCAGAAUUCAUCUUGUGUCUGCAGUUGAUCUAAGGUGGUGAAACUACAUGAAAAGUCUAAGUUGAAUAUUGCAGAUAUUUUUUUUUCAUGAUUUUAGAUUUUAGGGUUAAUCUUACAGAAUUGUUUUCAGGUGGUUGUAUUGAGUUGGGAAUAAACAGUAAAGUGAGUGUUGAUGGUAUCACAAGACUUUGAUGAAGUUCAUUCUAAGGAGGAAGAGAUGGUUAAACCUGUUUUUAGUAGUGACGUCGCAGCUUGAUCCCUGACAUAGCCAUGUGUCCUAUGAGUGUCCCAGGAGAAGAUAGACAGACUAUAAUUAACUAAGGCAGACUUGAGCCAGGGGAGACGAAGCCUAAUGCCACUACUGGGAUUUGUGGGACUCCAUUACACAAUCAGAUAAAGGUCUCACAGUCAGAGCACUUCGAAUGGAAACAUAAGCCUUUAUAGCCCGACACAAGGAAGGUUCCAUUCAUUCCCUGACGAUGGAUUAAAAUAAGUUUUCAUUACAUAAGAAAGCCCUUCGAAAGAUCCACACUUUUAAUCAUUCAUUGAAUUAAUCAGAGACCUCUUCUGUUCAAAGUUCUGGGCUUUUUUUUAUAGAGGGUAUUCUGCAGAUAAACAAACUCAGUUACGUUAAAUCCACAAAGUGAAGGAGGCAUGCUGUAAAUAAUCACAUAUGAUGAUGAUGAUGGUGAUGAUGAUGAUGAUGAUGAUGAUGAUGAUGAUGAUGAUGAUAAGACUCCACUGUGACUGACUGUUGUGAACAUGACUACAUGAGCUGCAUUAAAAUCAGGAGAGAAAUAAAGCGAUCAGCUCACAUGGGCUGAUGUUAGCUAGGACGUCUUCGUGUGUUACAUCCCAGACUGAAAUGUUGACACAUUUGCUGGAUAUUCAAAUGUCUGAGUGAUACAAGUCCACAGUCCUGUGCUGUGAUUGGAUUUAACCUGUCUAGUGCCACUAGCCUCCAAGGUUUGGUUUUGCGUGGAGUCCUUGAGUGUAACCAUAGGACCAAACUGGGCCUUACAGAUCAGUCAUGUCUGUUCAGUCAGUCUCAGUUAACUCACAACUAAGCAGGGAUAUCCAUAUAAUGCCACCAUCUACUCUCUGUGGACCACCUACUGCUGGCAGAUAACAGGCAUUUUAGAUUUUCAAGUCCAGAUCAAAAGCACAGUCUGAAAGCUCCUGUAAGGAGUUUUACACUUUAUGAAACAGAUUCAAGUUGAACACAAGGCCUCUUUAUGGUCCACAAAGCAAAAAAAGGAAAAUAAUGAGAUGAACCUUCUCAGUAUAGUAGUUUCAAAGCGUAGAACUUAUGUGAACCCAUGUGGGCAGGUGACGGACCAGACAGCUGACAGCAUUGUGAUGAAAAACACUGGUUUUACCUUCUCACUGCAGAAUAUAUGUUUAGCGAUUGACUGACGAAAUGCUCAUGAAUUUUGCAACUCUGUUCGUCGUCCACACAAACGUUUUCGUCUAGUCCCGCCUUGUCAACGUAAACGCACAUUCGUCUCGUCACAUUUUAGUCAUCUAAGACUAAUGUUUAGCUUGUCAACGUCACGUCUUCGUCGUAGAAAAAAAGGGGCGUUGACAAAUACAACCAGUGUUGUUUUCGUUGACGAUGACAUUGACGAAAUAUUUUUGUCGAUGUCAUCGUCAACGAAAACAGCACUGCUCACAGCAAGUGUUCAUCAUGGGUGUUGCUCUUGAUUGAAAGGAUGCACAGUAGGCGUUUUGUCAGAAAACACAACUCACAGAUGUAGAGAAGACAAAAAGAGCUCACUCUGUCCACAGGGGGCACCAAAAUCAAACUAAAAUUUCCAGGUGGGCGCUUUAAGGUGGAUCUGGUUGUAAUUUCUGCUCAUGUAGAAGAGCUUCUGAAAAAGAAAAAGACAUUUUCUUUCCUGCAGAAAUGAUGCUUAUUUCUUUGGAACAUUUAAUCCAAGUGUAUGUUUUUUUUUUUCUACUAAACAUAGAAGCACAGACUUCUGGGAUGAAUGCCCGGAGAGUGCAGGUCAGAGGAUUAAUACUGCUGCCAGUGAUCAUACUAUCAUCUCCAAUGCUGACAGUAUAGCACAACUUGUGCUCACUGAAGAGGUUCAACAGGUCAUUGAGGAGACUUGGAAAAAUUAAAUCUUCUCUGCUUAAUGUAAGUUCUCUUGUUUUUCAGCCAUGGAUCUAACUAGGAGUUCAGUGGCCUGAACACAACCAGUUGAGCUUGGUGGGUCAGGGCAACCUUCCCCUCUGGCCGUCACCUUCACCUCACUGGGCCUCACAGGCUCCAGGGACUCACACACACCACGACAAGCUGUGCUGGAGUUGACCCAGUCCGCAGUGAGUGGGCAGCACAAACAAAGCGACCAUGGCCGACAGAGCGAGUUACAGCACCCCCAAAGCCAACCCCCGUCCUGCAGCAGCCCCCCUGCUUCCCCCUGAGCCUAUAGACAUCAUACGCAUCAAAGCCCGCUCCCGCAGGGUCCGGCUCAAUGUGGGAGGUCUAACACAUGAAGUCCUGUGGAGAACAUUGGACCGGCUACCCAGGACCCGCCUGGGACGCCUAAGAGACUGCAACACUCAUGAGUCGCUGCUGGAGCUCUGCGAUGACUACAGCCUCACGGAGAACGAGUACUUCUUUGACAGACACCCAGUGGCCUUCUCCUCCAUUCUCAACUUCUAUAGGACUGGGAAGCUGCACAUGAUGGAGGAGAUGUGUGCCCUGUCUUUUGGUCAGGAGCUGGACUACUGGGGAAUUGAUGAGAUAUACUUGGAGUCGUGCUGCCAGGCCCGGUACCACCAAAAAAAGGAGCAGAUGAACGAGGAGCUGAGGAGGGAGGCGGAAGUGCUGAGGGAAAAGGAUGGGGAGGAGGAGGAGCACGGUUGCUGUCCCGAACAGAGACAGAAGCUCUGGGAUCUGCUGGAGAAACCCAGCUCCUCAGUGGCUGCAAAGGUAACCACACACACAUGUUGGACAGAGUUCACUCUAAAACACACUUUUGUUUUAUGAAUCAUUGGUAUGAGAAUAGAGGAGUGAGUGGCCCAGAGCCAGGGAGAAAGGGUUUUCAGUUUGAUGUAGCCAAGAGGAACUCACCUGUGUGUGUGCGCUUAUGUGGUUUUUGUGUGCAAAUGGAGAGCAGCCAGAGAUUUUGACACACCAAAACUCAAACAAAAGAUACCUUAACCAUCACCUUUUCUAAGAUCUUUCAGUUGAUCUGAAAUCUCUUUGAAUGGAAACAGAAAACAGAAAUAAACAAGACACAAAACAAAAACCUAUUAGCCAACUAAUAAGUCCAAAUCACAAGAUAAGGUUUUCAAUUCUCACAGCCAGCAUCAACGACAUGAUUCAUUUUUCAUCCUGAAUAAUGCGGUAAAGCUCAAGAGUUCAAGUAUUUAAUAAAACACACUUUGGUGUUUUGUUCAAGGUUUUUGCAGAUUGUAAAAUUGUUUCGUGUGUUGUGAUAAUUUAUGCAUUUAGUGAAAAUGUUUUUUGAGGUCAUGAAAUGUUUUUGGAGUUGACCUUCUGGGCCACCGUACAGAACUAAGGUUAUAAGGAUUACUGUGAAAAAAGUUCAUUUUUGAUCAGAGUCGUUGUUAUAACAAACGGGAUUUGGAAGCACAUUAAACAGUGAUGAGAUUUGACCAUUAUAAGCACAAACAUGGCAUUGAGACGAUAAUCAGACCUAAUGUUAAAUUAAAUAAGAUCAAUUAAAUCUACUAUAUUAGAUUACUAUACAAUAUUAAUAAUAAUAAUUAUAAUUAUUAUAAAUUUUUGUAUUAUUAUUAUGACAAAAUGAAGAAAUUCAGGACAUAUUACUGUGAGUGUAAAAAUUUUGAGUAAAACUAGUGAUUUUUUUUUGUGUGUGUGGAAAAACUUGAUUCUGAUUAGUGUUAUGGUCACUUUAUGCAUCAGCUCAAAAAGAGAACAGAAAACACUCAUGUUUGAGCUUUUUCAGUAGCUCAGUUUGAAUUGGGCUUCUAAGUUAGAUAAAAAGAAGAAACGUUGUUGGCCAUGAAAUCUGAGGGAUGAUAGUUUUAGUUUCAAAAAGGUUGUGUUUAUUUUCAUUCAGUAGGGUGGAGGAGAUGUCAUGUAAAUAGUAUACUUUCCCCUUAUUUUAUCACAGUAAUGCGUGAGUUAUGAGCAAACACUUAAUGAUAACAGUCUUGAUGUUUAGUUUUCUGUAUCACCAGUUCAUCUGAGGAGGUAGUACUCCAAAGAAAUCAGAGAGUCCGAGACACCUAGAAUACUCAGGUGUGUUUCCUUCUGCCACCACCAUGAUUAUCCUCCUCAUGCAGAUCCUCACAGAGACAUCAGAGGCCAUUAGAGAGCCAUCAGGUCCAUAAUCCUCCUUCACCUGCAAAGUACAGAGAUACCAUACUGAAGGGGGAGGAGAAGGAGGAGGAGGAGGCCGGGGGGGGAUUACUGCUGCAUGUUCCCCCCCUUGUUCUGGCGUGUUAACACAGCAUUAGUCUGUCCUUGGUAGUGGAAGGUUAGUGAGAUUUAAUGUGAAAACGGCUGAUAUGUCCAAAAAGUUGAAAAGCAGUGAGAAUAAGGACUCCUCUUUGUUGGUUUGUAGGAAAGUUAAUUUAGACUCUGAGAAAUUAACAAAAUAAUCGAUGACGGAAACUCCACCCUGUUGAUUUUUCACAGAGCACACUGAGAACAAGCAGCUUCUGUUAAAGGAAUAAUCAGUAUAAAAAAAAACUGUGAACAGUGGAGCUUUUUAUAGAAACUUGGUGUGAAAGAGAAAACUCCUCAGAGAUCAGGGAGUAGGCUACAACCAAGAGAGAUGUUAUGAAGAAGCCUGAGAGACUAUCAGUACUAUCUGGAUUUCUCUGCUACAGUUUGUUAAAGAGGUAUGAUGCGGAAACAUCCGAUGCAUGAUCUCAGAGACACUUGAUCUGUUUGGAUGAGCUCUCACUGCACCACAGCAUGUUACUGCAGGAGUCUGGAGACGUCAGGACAUACUGGCUACUGUGUGUUGCUGAACAUGUUAUCCUCUCACAGCCUUUAAAAAGGGGGGGACAUUGUUCUUAUUGUCCGUCCAAAGCUCAGAGCUCUUUUUGAUUUCUUUUAUGAAACACUGGAGUCCACCUGAUCCAGCGGCUUAAAGCAUUUGGCAAAACAACGGCAUAAUGUUUGCAGCUUUAACAGGUGCAGGUUUGCAGUCAGAAAAGCCCUGUGUUAGUGUCUGUGUCCUCACACAUCACUUUAGCCCCUAAGCUGAAGUACACACGGUUAGCUUAGGAAACAUUUCUAAAGAUUUUUCAGUGAGCUUACUGUGCUUCUUUUGUGUUUAUCUGCAGCGGAGCAAAAAGACAGCCUCAGAAACACAAUCCAAGUCGAGUCCAUUAGCAGCAGAUGUGACAGCAGGGGAGAUUUGUCUGUUACAGCUAAAUACGCUCUUUGAGUCAAUCCUUCUUCACUUGAUUUAUAAAGACAACACUCAUUUAUCAGCUUCCUUGUAAAUGUGCCAAGUAUCUCAUUCCUCUAACUGCAGCCCUUUCUCCAGAUGUUUCUGUCUAUGAGGUGAUAAUGAGAAUAAGAGAGAAAAGAAAGAAAAGGAAAAAUACUGUGAGUCUGCCAGUGAAAGGACAUGCAUAAGAAACCGAAAAACAAUACAGAUAAGAGAGGUUCAUAAUGAGAAGUGCAGUUUGUAACACACACUAGCUUUUUCUACUCUGAGUCAUCAAACUAAGAAGUGAAGAGGAGAUUAGAGGAGAUAAAUAGCACUUAAUCAGUUUGAGCUGAGGAUAUCGAGCCCCUUUUUUCCAGAGAAUGACAUUCAUAGUGGAUAUUUGUGUAGAUAUUGAUAUAUUCAGAUCAGCUGCUGGAGAUGAGCUGCUUUUGUGUUUCAGGUGAAGUGGUGUCAUUUGGGGGUCAGAGUGGUCAAUGUGUGAACUGCGCUGGAUAUCUAAAACGUGUUUCCUCUGUUAAAUUCAGUGAAUGGCCUCAUAAUUUAGAGCAGUGGUUCUCAAGUCCAGUCCUGGAGGCCCACUGUCCUGCUUGUUUUGGAUGUUUCCCUGCUCCAACACACCUGAUUCAAAUGAUCAGCUCGUUAUCAAGCUCUGUAAUGGCUUACUAACGAGCUGAUCAUUUGAAUCAGGUGUGAUUUAGAGGCAUGAGGCUUCCAGCAGUGUUUGACCUGCUGUCUUGACUCGAUGGCUCCAUUUAAAUAACAGAAAAUGAGAACUGAGAAGAGAUCAGAGAGCGAAAGGACACGUACACAAAGGCAAAUGGUUAAGGAAGACAAGAGAGUGCGGGCCGAUACUGUUAAUUGAUUCGCUGUUUCCAGCUGGUCGACUGCAAUGUCAGCAGCGUGAGGAGAAAGCUGUGGGUGUAUGAGCCAGAGUCCCACAAGACCUGACCAUUUACAGAGCUCUCGUCUUAACUACACACAAGUCUUUUUCAGUUCCUGCCAAAGAACUGACCAUUUACCGGAAAUUGUUUUCAAGGAUAAAGGUGAAGACAAAACAGACUUGGAGGAAAUGGAAUAUGAUAUUUAUAAGUUUGUUCAAAUUAGUGCAUAAUCACCUGAACACAAAAAAGUAUUUUUUCUUUGUUAACUUAGAGCGAGCUUUUUAUUGACCCUGGAGCUUGUCCUCUUGAAGAGAGGCCGCCAUCGUUCAGUACCAUGUUUCUUCAGCUGCACAGAACAGACAAAUUAGCAACAUAUGCACAUUUGUAUUUCAUGAGUGACCACACAUACUGUACUGCACUGGUUUGCAGAAAAAUAUGAUAUUGGAUUAGGAAUGGGCGAGUAUAUGAUCGUGAUCGAUGAUCGUGAUAAAUUUCAGUUCGAUCACGGUGAUCACUUGUGAGCAUAUUUACUAGAUCAAACAUAGCGGAAAUGUGCGUCACAACAGCCAAUCAGAGUCGAGCUUUUCCUGCUCACCUCUGUAAGUUACCGGAAAAAUAAACAGGAGAAAUAAACAGAAUGACCAAACAUGGAGCUUAACGCAGAGCCGAGGGCAGCAAAGUAGAUGUCAGCCAUGACUUUGAGUCAUCCUCCGAAGAUGUUAUUGUUUAAGUUAUUCAACGUCGGUUGUGUGACGGUGGUUCUAGUAUCUCUAAAGUGACAUUGAGCAUUUAAGCCAAUGUGCAAGGUAUGUCGGCGAUCAGCGCCCACCAAAACCGGCAACACAAUAGAUCUGUUUAAUCAUUUGAAGAAGUACUUCCCUAGUGAUUAUGCGGAAAGCAUGAAAAUGCAAGCGGAGUCUGUACAGCCUGUUACUGCCGACGGCACAAGUAGAAUUAGCAGUUUUGCCAUAACCAGCAUUUCACCAGACUAAAGCAGCAGUCAAUCGUAUCAUCUAUGUUUACAUCAUCUAAUGUUGACGUUUUAAGGCGUCUUCAUUAUCUCUAAGGGGACAAUUUGUUUAUUUUGGGUCUUGCAUACCUGCAAAAACACUCAGGACUGUAAACUAAUUCACUGUAUUAUUUAGUUUUUAUCUACAUUUAUUGUACUGUUAAGUUAAAAUAUUUUAAAAAUAUUUUUAAUAAAUAUAUUUUCCUAAGUUUAUCUUAUUCAAUUUGCUUUGUUAUCUCCUUUGUAUGUUAAUAAUCUGUAGUUUUUAGUACAGAUGCUUUAAAACUGGCAGUUUAAAAAAAUAUGACAAAAUAUAUCGUGAUCAUUUUUUUUUGCCAAAUCGCCCAGGCCUAUGUUAGAUACAAAAAUAUUCCCAUUUUUACACACUGUAUCUAUAACUCAUGAGAGCAAAGGUCAAGUCCAAAGAAAUGGAAACAAUAAGUGACACCAAGUGCAAACUUGAAAUGUUCCCUUGCUCGCCCUUCCUUUAUGUGAGGUGAUGAUAUCAAGUUUUCAGCACGGAAACAUCCAUCACUUCAAAUCCCUUUGCACACCACUCUUUUUCUUUCACUUUGUGUAGUCACUCGCAAAAAAGAAAAUGCAUGUGUUACAAGUUUGUCUUCUCUGUGCCUCCGUAGAAAAAUAAUGGUGAAAAAUGGUGGCUUCUGCCCCAGUGUAGAUCUAACAGGCUCAUUCUGAGUUAACAAAACGAUUUUUAUAUUCAGGUGAUUUUACACUAAUAUGAACAGCAUCAUCAAUGUGAUAUUUCAUCACUACAAAGCCUAUUCUGCUAAAUGCUGCUUCACACUACGAAUUUUUCCAAAUUUGUCUGACAUUCAUCAUUUCAAAGAGUGCUGCCAAACAAUGCUGCUAGAAUGAGCUGCUGCCAUUAAAACUAUGACAAACAACACAAGCACAUCAUUAUUUUUUUGUUUGCUGCUGAUUUAUUGUCCAACAUAUUGACCAAAUAUUGUAUAUCAUGAACACACAGUUUAGAGCUCUCACAGUUUGAUCUAGGCUCCUUUCCUGACAGGGAGACAGAGAGCAGACAGUCCUGGAUUAACAAAGAAGUUUGGAGCUAAACUAACCCUCUGUUGUAUAAAUUGAUCUCCAUAAUAGCAGAUACAGGCCUUUAGAUUUCAUAACCAGUGCUUGACAGUCUAACAGCAGUUUCAUAAGCUUGUUAAGCCAGUGUUGUCAGUGCUUAAGUAAUGAGUAGAGUUUUAGGUGUCAGGAUAAGAUGUGUGGUGUGGUUGUUACCUUAUCCACCAGGAGAUGUUUAUUCCAAAUACUUUUUAAAAUGAUUGUUAUUCAGAUCUUUUCAAGCAUUAAACCUUCAGGCUGUAUCAUCCAGACUUACAGAGCCUGACAAACAUCCUGUGACUGUUCAGUUGUUCCAGUAUGAAGUGUUGGAGAAGGGAGACAUGGCUGCAGUCUCCACACAUUAUUUAUUCAUAAGGCCAAUAAUUACAGUCCAGGAUCUGACAUGAUGAAGUGCAGGUAACAGACAGUUCACUCCUCUAUAAAUAGUGUUGGCCUUCAGAGUUUCAUGUGACCAUGUUGGAAGCGUAGUCAGCAGGAGGGAAGCUGCUUAGGCCUCUCUGCUUUGAGACCAGCCGUGUGCCUCUCUGCAUCAGCAGUGAUGCAGCUCGGCUCUCCACCAAUAGGAGUGUCUCUUCAUGGUGACAUGUACACCUGGGAGGUGGGGAUUUAAAAAGAAGCAAUACCUGUCUAUAAAAAAACAAAAACUAACCAAGUGGGCAAAUCUAAAUAGCAGACUAAAGUUUGAUGGUGUGAGUUUUACAGGACUCGCUUUAUCUGUUUCAACUCUUUAGUUUAGACUCUGCUCUUGGUUUUUGGUGGCCCUCCUGGCCCUGUCCCUUUUGUGAACAUUUUGCCAUCCGGCUUCAAAAUGAAACUGAACAUCUUAAAAAGCUGAAGGGUGUAAAUCCUCUCGUCCUCUGAACAGUUUUUAUAAAAUUGUGAUGAAACUCUGAGUUCAUUUGGGUGUAACAGUACAUAACAAGUAAUGACAGAGUGUCUGUAGAAAAAGUCACCUGUUCAUGACAAACAUACACACCCCCACACACUCCCACACACACACACACAGGGUAUGACUAAGAGUGUGGCUUAAUCUUCUUUGCAGCUUUUAGCAGGACUGCUGCUGCUGCAAAUAGACUGACUGUUAGCAGGCUGGAUAGUCUGUCCUGUCCAGUGUGUGACCUGCAGGAUGAGACAGGACGGGGGCAAUAAGGAUACAAAGCACUGACUGCUUGAUUUAAUGACACUAUGAAGAAUAACUGAGUCAAUGGCUGCACCUGCCCACAAGGUGGCCAGGAGCAUUUGAAUUACUGUGAUUAGUGUGUGUAUAUAUAAGGCUUAAAUCAUUGAAACACAUGUCCAAAGAAGAGGAGGAACAAGCCACCCAGGCUUACACUGUUAGUUUUUUGGUUUACAACACUGUGUUAAAAGGGCAAUAACUGAUUUUUGACUGAGCCUCUAACCCCAGUCAUGGAGGGGAAAAAUCUCUAAUAUGGAAUCUCACAAAACUGUGCUGCUCCUUAACUCCCUGUUAUGAUUGAAGUAAUGUGUCUGUAUUUCUCCAAAGCAAUGAUCUACUAAUCUGUUGUUGAUCUAGAAAGGCUGAAUCUGUGAAAAAUAUCUCUAACUUUACAAAAGAGUUAAAGCUAUGGUCUACGAUCUGAAAACCAGUUUGGCUCUUGAGACAGAUUGAAAAAACGCAGCCUGCCCCACCUUCACUCACCCUUCCCCUCCGUGUUCCAAGAUCCCGCCCCCUCCAGCUCGUGUCAUGUUGCCUCCUAAUAACACGCCCCCUCCAAUCGAGCAAGAAGCCGGCUGACAGAAAAUAUCAGCAUCUUACAUACCGAUCAGCAUCUGAUGCAGAUAAAAUUGUUGAGGCUGCUGGGGCCAGUGGUCUCUGGAAUCCGACCUUCAUUGGAGUUGAAGUGAAAUGAGAUUUCUCAUAGCUGAAAGUAACAAACACGACAGUCAUCCCCCUUGUAACACACAGUGGUUGCCAUUUCAAUUGGAGCGGCGCGAUCAAAACCAUAUAUUAGUGGGGCGAAGCGGGUCUGGCGUUGCCACUGCUAGACGGUCAGAGCAGAGCCGAUUGUGGGCGUGUCUUCACCAGCUCAGUUUACAAUGCUAAAGAUACAUGGCUAACUUGUGCUAGAAUCUAUUGACAGAGCCUACCCGUUCCGACCAACAACGUUCAGUCAUUAGUCAGUAUAGGCACAGACUAACCAGUUAUUCAGCAGACAUCUCCCACUAUAGUAAACAAAGAAAUUAUCUGUUUAACAGAAAUUCGGCUGUCUCAGCGUCAGUUUUUAGUCCCAAAUCCUUCUGCAGCUUUUUCCACCGGUCGUACAUUUCUCCAAUGUAGACUCUCCGUUGGCACCUGUAUCGCUCAUAUUUCUUCCUUACUUCAGCCUUUUCCUUGAAACUUUUACGUUUCCUUCUCUUCGAUGAGGAGGGUAACAGAAGCGGCCUCCUGGUUUCUGUGUUUGUCUUCUCUGGCUCCAUUACGCUUCAGUAGCUGUACAGCUCGCUAAUCACAUGUACGUGAGGGGGGUAGUGGGAAGGAGGCGGGACCAUGGGCGGGACGGUGCGGAGCAGGGGAGACAGGGGAUUGAAUGGACUCACUGACCACUGGAUCGGUCGAUUAUUAUGCCUUUCUGCCGCAGAUAUACUGAAUGGAUUUUUUCGUUCUUUUUGAUCUUUAUAUUGCGCAGAUCGGACCAUAGGACCAUAACGGCCUUAUAAACGGUGUUAUUAAAAAGUACCAAGCUUCCAAAUGGUAGAGCAUAGCUGUAAGACUAGUAGGCAGCAAUACAGUUAGAUUUAGGGAGUGAGCCGGAUGAAAUGCUGUCACAACUCUCACAGGAGUUUCUCAGGAUAAACCCACUGACAGUGGUUUUGUCCCUUCAUCUCCAUUAUGAGACCUCAUGAUUGUCCGCUUUAUCACAGACAGCUCAAGACCUUUAUUUGUUGACAAAUGAUGAACAAACAUCCGAAUCAGAGGCUUUAUAUUGACCUUAUAUCACAUAUCACACACUGAUGGAUGAUUAACAUUGAAAAUGAACUGGAUUACACAGAUUUUAAACAUUAUUAGGUUAAUAACCUGCUCGUAGUCUCUGUUAAUUAGCAACCAUAAGCAGGGGGUAUGUUGAGUGUGAACUUCAGAUAGAGUCAUGAUGAGUCAGUUACUUACACAUCCAUUAAUCAUAUUCAGUCAUGCAUUUGUUAAAAAGACAAAAGUUUAAAGCCUUCUCUCAAAGUGAAACGGACUUUUGAUUCAAGGACAACUAUUUGCUUUCUAUCUGUGUGUGCAGAUGCUGCAGACCUGCGGCACACGCACGCUGUCUCUCUGUCUGAUGAAGCACUGGGCCAUGACAGACAGAGCACUUUUACUCCUCCCUCCACUCAGAGCUGCAUUCUCUCUUCAAAUGUUGAGCAGAAAUGCAGAAAACUCUGUGAUAGUAAAUGUCUCAGUUUGGUUGGCUGGUUGUUUCUGUCCUUCUGUCCGCCUUUUUUAUUAUGUAACAGUGAGCUCUGAUGGAGUAUUUUUUAUUGGACAAGACCGUUUCAGACAAGCUAGUAUGAUAUUAUGUCUCAUAUAGAUUGAGACACUCUGAUAAAGGGACACAUUUUACACCUAAAACAUGCUUUCAGGAAAAGCCUGAGUCAUAAUUAUAAAUUUCUUGCUGGAUGUAUCUUUACUUUCUGUUGCUCACCAUGAACCAACAGUGAAGUCAGUGUGACUUUAUUAGGUUAUUAUCCUUAAUUAGGGCCCCAGCCGAGAGCGCAGCUCUGCGGCGAAGUCCUAUUGUAAUCCAAGGGGUUCUCCAUUAUUAUUAUUAUUAUUAUUAUUAUUAUUAUUAUUAUUAUUAUUAUUAUAUUUUUCAGCCUCCGAAAACGCAAAUUUGACCCCCUGAACGACCAUGAAAACUCACGAAAAUUGGCAGUCAGUUCGGGCCCUGCGAAAAAUCGCAAUGUUUUAAAGUGACCCAAAGAAAGCGUUUAAAAUGGCUCGCUAGCGCCCCCUACAGAGCGCCAUGAACUUCAACUUUGUCCGAUCUGCACGGAAUUUUACAGGCACGUGUAUCUUAACGAGAUCUUUGAUUUUGCGCAAUCGACUGUCACGCCAAACGUAUCUUGUUCACAUUUCCUUCUCGAGAUAUUUGUUUAUUCCAUGAUUGUACCUUUGCCCUGCCAUUUUCAUUUAACAUAAUAAUAUUUUAUUAUUAUUAAUUAUUCACAAUUUUUUAACAAAGCUAACAAUAGAUUUUUGUAAUGAAUUCUAAAAGGGGUUUAGGUGCUACUCUAGUUAGUUAACUGUCGUUGUUAAUGAUAAAGCACUGUAAAGAUAAAAAUUGUUCUAUUAAAGGAAAAUAGCACCAUUUUCAUCUUUACAGUGCUUUAUCAUUAACAACAAUGAAAGUUAACCAACUAGAGUAGCACCUCCUUAUGAAAUAGCUUCAUGUGCGGUCAGAUAAUUAAGGUAAUACUAAGAAGUAGAGAAUAAAACUCAUUUAAAAUCUUGGUGCAGAAAUAUUCGUUUUUGAAUCCAGCUGGAAAUGCAUGUGGUCCAUACCUACAAAUGCAUAAGGGAACUGUGAAUUAAGGUUUCUUGACUGAUAAUAAAGACAAGCUCAUUCAAUAGUUAGGAUUAAUUCAUGUGGGGCAACAGGAAUCAGUGAUAUGUCCUCCAUUAAUUCAUUAAUUAGAAAAUCACCAACCAUGCAGACUGACUCCCCAACUGAGAAUAAAAUUGGUAUCCUUACAGUAAAGUGUGACCAAACCAUAGACUGUAUAUACUGUGGACAACUUGGGUUCCGCCUCCCAUCAUUAUACACAUUUGAAGUCGAAUUGCUCUCUAUGUUUCUAGGAUUUUCUCCACUUCCUGGAACCAUUACUUGCGCAGUAGCAUUGUACGCAUUCGGCAGGAGAGUUGCCGAGAGUCACUGUGAUGACGCUCAGCUCAAACAGCAUAUCCCCUGGGCAAGCUACAUAAUCUUCAUACGCCCAUAGGCUGUAUCAAGUGUCAAUCAUAGAAAACAUGAACCCCCUAAUAGCUUUUAAAAAUAGAGCUGCAGUCUUACAGUAACAACAUGUCAACAUCGCAGACAGGGAGGAGAAAAAAAUUUAUUCUGAGUAAUAAAUUCCAAAAGUUUGUUCACAGCUUCAUAGGGAUUGCUGGAGGAGGCGGGGUUUAUGACUUAUACUGCAGCCCGUCACCAGAGGGUGCUGUUCUCACAGUGGCUUUCCCCAGCGAGGAGGCAGACAGCGUCCAUUCUAGAUACAGUCUAUGAACCAAUCACAGUUAAAGCAAAUGGUAAUUGUUUGGACAAUUACAGGCACUGAGCUGCAGCCUCUCAGGGCCAGAGCUGGUUUGAACAGUCAGUAGUUACACCUGAUGAAGCCCUCAUAGCUGCUGAAGCUCCACUCUUAAGUUGUUUUGAUUUAUCCAGAAUAAAAACCAAUAUGUCUAGCUCAUAAUGUUGCCUUGUUUAUACCCUCAUGUCACACAAUGCUGUUCAUUCCUGUAAGUAGGCCUGACUUUGAUUUGAUUUAAUAAAAUUGAUUUAAAAAAAGACAAAAAAAAACCCAUUUUUUAGUUGAGUGGCCUCAUGUCACUUGACUAAAAUCCAUGCAGAAAUAUCCAUGAGUCACAUGUUUGUUUGUUUGUUUGUUUGUUUUUCAGUGUUUAAAAGCUUUAGACUUUUCUUCAGAGGCAGGGAUGGGUUCAGAGAGGCACCCACAGGUGGCACUCUUUGAAACCAGAUUGGCCACCCCAGUUGACAGCCCAAAAUUCUGAACUCGGACUGGCCAUUGUUCUUGUCUCAUGCAGAACUGAUCAAUAUGGCAGUAGCUUUCUUUGUAUUAGGACAUUUUCUUCUGCUGGUGCCUCUUUCUUUGACUGAUAAUCCAGCAGACAGAAUCCAGCUGUCAGGGUUUAUCUGUUGCCUAAUAACUAAUGAGUUUCUUCUUGUAACACAAGGACUUUAUUGUCUUACAAGUCUAUCUUUCUGACCUAAUAACUUUAUUUUCAUGAUAUUUGGCUUAAGUAUGACUCCAUUCUUGUCGUGUUUUUUUUUUUUUACUUAACUGUGUUUCUGCAUUAGUGUUGGAAUAAGUCUUUGCUGUGUCCUUAGCUCUCUGUCAUUGUAUCACACCUUAGACCUUGGCCUGUUUGUCCUCUCUUUCUGGUAUCAUGACCUCCAACAGUAAAAACAAGAUGGCAGCUCUCACUGCCAGAUCACACCACAACUGAUCCUGAAGGGGUCAGACGGGGAUCGAAUGCAUACUCUUGUCUCCUGUUUGGAUGGAAACUGGUUUGGUUUUUUAUGCCUUAUAGCAUUUGUAUUUUGAUGUUUAAAUUUCUUCAACUUUCAACUCAGACAAAAGUGAAAAAAGAGAAGCAAGUCUAAAGGUCCUUACACACCGGGACCAUUUUUUUUCGUGCAAUUAUAUCGGAUGCUAAUAUUUUUUUCAAACCCAUAUCCUGUCAAUACAAGCGUUCACAUCAGCGAUGUUUUCCCGUCCUGCGAUAUUGCGGCAUUUAUGGUCGAUUUCGCAUACUGUGUGUCCACUUCUGACCAAUCUGAUUUUGUGUUUUUGCAAUGUCAGAUUCACUGGUAUGUCCAACACGCAAGAAACAUAUUUGCUUCAGUAUAUAUGCUUUGUAGACAGACAGCUCUCAGUGACUGCAGCUUUCCAGUAUCCAGAAAUUUAGUUUUUGUGGGAAUUACUCAUCACCGGAGCAGAAGAGUUUUCAGUCUUUAAUAACAAACUUGCAGUUCUUUUGUCAGCUCAUGUCUCCAUGUCACACCACCCAGCGUGUGUGAGUGUACCACAGCUUACAAGCUGUCAGGCUGUCUUUUGUUCUUUUGUUCAACUGCAUUUGCCGUCAGAAGUGGAGACAUGAGUGAAAUGUCACACAGCUGAUUAAUGUCAGACAGAAUGAGGCAGCAUGAUUUAAACAGCACCAGUCCACAUACAAGACUCAAUUAGACAGAACAAAUCAGGGUGACAGUUUACACAAAUGUGGGGAAAAAAACGGCCACCAAGCAAGAUUAAACCAAAUAAUACUUCAAACACAGCUACAUCGCAGGUGUUUAAGUUUGAAGUUGCCUCAAGUCAAACAUGGAAUAUAAAAAUAAUCAGUAGACAACAUAAGAGUUACUGUAUCUUAGUGAAGUUUGUUGGAGGCUAUCAGUGCUUUCUGUGCUCUAGUUCCCACUGAUGUAGUGAUUUUUCUUCCCACUUAAACUUCCAUCCUUCCACAUAGAGGGUUACAGUGAAAGGGCUCUUUUUAAGAUGGGGAAUUUUCACACAGCUUUCUGGACAGGUAGAAUUUCUGACAUGGAUUUUGUUGUGCUAAAAUCAACCAUGACCAAAUUAAACAUGAGAAAACAGAGAGUUAAUUAUAGCAUGCUAUUAAAUAGUCUGAACACAGUUUUUUCUGUUAUAAAUAGGAUCAUGCAUGAUAAUAUCUGCUAAAAUUUAAGUGAUUUAAACCAGUGGUUCUCAAGUCCAGUCCUCGAGGCCCACUGUCUGCAUGUUUUGGAUGUUUCCCUGCUCCAACACACCUGAUUCAAAUGAUCAGCUCGUUAGUAAGCCAUUACAGAGCUUGAUAACGAGCUGAUCAUUUGAAUCAGGUGUGUUGGAGCAGGGAAACAUCCACAUAGAAUAAACAGCAUGAUUUUCACCUGGUCCUGCUGUGGGUGGGCUGCACAUCAGCUGUGAUUUUAAGACAUUUGCAACACAGCUGAAUUAUUCUAACUUUCUGGCCGUUUGAGGUGUGGCUGUAUCAUCCUCAUUUGAAUUUUUCACAGUUUGUACUAGAGACAAUGUGACCUUUUCAAAAUAACUAAAGUCACAAAGCACUCAGAUAACAAGGGAAUUUGUUUUUUUCGUAUUUGCACAUGAUAAUAAAAUUAGUAUAACGUGCAGUUAUCCAGACAGCGAGAGGUUGCUAAGUUUUAUGUUAAACUGUGUGUGUGUGUGUGUGUGUGUGUGUGUGUGUGUGUGUGUGUGUGUGUGUGUGUGUGUGUGUGUGUGUGUGUGUGUGUGUGUGUGUGUGUGUGUGUUUGUGUGUGGUAUUUGUCCUGAAAAGCUGUCAAUUGUUGUUAAUCAGCUAUGAAUAUAACAUGUGAAUUCCACAGUGUCACAGUAACCGUGUAGCUGUGAAGAGGGAAAAUAAAAAACUCUAAACCAGCAGGAGAACAGAUUAAGUGUGAAGUAGAUGUCCCCGUGUUUCCUCUGCCUGUAAGGCUUUGGGAGAAUAAUAUCUCCCCUGUGUCCACUCAGAGGACUUCUCUGUGGAGUUAAUGACCGUCGUUCUGACUCUGUCCUUCUGUUACAAGCUUCGAUUUAAUCUUUUUUUUUUUUUCCUGAUGGUGUGUGUGUGUGUGCGUUCUGACGUGCUUAAAGACCAGAUAAUUAAAAUCUGUGAUAUAUACUCUGAGCUCAGAGACAUUCCCAGUUAGUCUUCAGUUUGCUGCAGCAAAGAAAAUAUCAUGUGUUUGAAAAGAAAAGCGACACCCCAGAUUAGUCAGUGAUCCGAACUACUUUAGAAACUGUGACAGAGCUCGGAGGUUACAUAAAAAUCAUGAACUGAUCUUGCCUCAUCCAGUGAGAAGAGAAAGAACCAUACAGGCUUAUGUCAUUCCAUGAUGGUACUAACACCUCUAAAAACUAAUGAACUAUCAUUCAUCAACAUCAGCUAAAUACUCUUUAACCAGUCGAGAGGUCUUUUAAAUGCACAAAAAAAACCAAAAAAAAAACAGUGGAUCUGAUUCAAUGUAAACCAACCCACAGCUCUGAUAGAGUCAAAAGACUUUUUAUGACCGUUCUGGGUUGGAGCUGGAGAGCAGGUGGGGACAAACAACAGAAGAACAGCGCUUCUAUUCUGUGAGAUGAGACUAUAAUCAUGAGUUUUAUCAUGAAUUCCAUCAUGAAUAUUAAAAGAAAAAUACAAAAUGAAUAAUUUUUAACAAAUAAUACACCCUACUUCCUUGAUGAAGUUUAUGUUCUUGCAGAGCUGAGCACAAAUACUCUAAUCCUGAGUUAUUACUUUUACUUUGAAGGUAAUUAAAAAACAGUCAGAGAAACCUUGAACUCCUGUCUUAGCUGUCUUUUACAUCAUCAGUUUCAUGUUACCUAUUAGCACAGCACUGUGGCAGCAGACAAUAUUAAUGUUAGUGUCAUUCAGCUCUGUUUAUGACGGAUACUAUAAAGAGCUCUUAGGGAGCCAAAAAAGCUGGUUCUUGCUUAGCCAAAAGAGUCCCACUGAAAUCCCAUCACUGGUAGGAUUUACUCUGAGGUUCUCUACCAGAGAGACAAGGAGGAUCCAGCAUUACUCACAGAUGGUAGGAUGGAUUGCUGACAACUUGAGACAGCCUGAGUGGAUCUGAAGUCGUCUGUGGUUCUGUAAGAUUAUAAUGCAUUUGGAUUAAAUCUUUUACUAGACUUGGACUUAGAGGCCUCUUUUCAACAGGUUUUAACAUUACUGAUCACUUCCAGUGUUUUUGGAAAGAGUUGGGGCUUCCAGUGCUAUUGAAGGUCUUGGUCUCUGGAUUAACAGUCAACUGUGAAGUUAAGAAGUUCAUUCCCUACAAGGACAGGUUCCUGCAUUUUAUCCACUGGAUGGGAAGCUAUGAGUGCAUUUUUUCAUGGCUUUUCCACCGAGGGGUGACCGAACACGGCAUUGUAUAGUACUCAUAGUGUUUCAAAGGCUACACACAUGGCACUUCUUUUGUGUCUUUUCAGACAUGAGAGCACCGGGACAACCCCUCCUCUUGCCCCCCUUUAAGUAAACAACUGUAAAGGUCCUUACACACCAGGAACAACACAAAUAUACAAAAUAUUCUGGGGUGAAUUUUGACGCGCCUGACUAUACACAUCAAGUGCAAAGUUUGUCACUGAAUAUUUAUUCAACAUAAGCAAUCACUUGGCAACAGCAUCAAGGUAUUGAUCUAGAGCAAAACCAGAAUCAGUGGUCAGGAGCAAUCAUCCUUCAAUGUCUGGGUCAAGAAAGUGGAACAGAGAGAGAUCAAGACAGAGUAGGUUCAGAUGGACAGGCAGACAGCAAGAGAGGCUGUUGACGCCAAAAAAGAUACUGACAGAAGCUGUAAAAUGAUCAUCAUGGCAUAAUAAUAAUAAUAAUAAUAAUGAUAAUCAUAAUAAUAAGUAUAACCAGAACUUACAGCACUCUCUGAUCGUUGAAGAUCUCUGCAAAGGUAGAGAAGUUUGUGAGCAUUUCUUCUCAAAAUACUCUCAAGGUCUUUGUGGAUAAGUGUGUGUGUCUGCGUGUGUGUGUGAUGCCUGUGAAAAAAAAAAAAAAAACUAUCUGUCUCCUGCAUCUGUUGUGGGAGCAAAGGAUUAUGGACAGGGAGCUGGCUCUGGGUCUGAUUUGGGGAUUAGUUAUCGGAUGUUAAAAAGCCAGUGUGGUGUUUAUUGUUCAAAUGGUACGCAAAGUUCCCACUCGGUUUUCCAUGACUUUAGAAGUGAGUCCUCUGUUGAUAGUAAGACCACGAGUCUUCUUACUGUGAAUGCAGACCAUGAAACAGCAGCUGGAAACGUGGUUGAUGAAGGCAGCAGCUCCAAAGAUAAACUGAGCUGACCUCUGCAGAAACACCAGAUCUCUUCUUUGCUGUUCCAGAAAUACCUCACAUAUCGAUUAGGGCUCAGGACUCCCUGAGCAGCUCUUUCUUUCAUUCCAUUAUGUGUUUUCUGCUGAUUUCUGUCUCCCUCUCCCCCCUCGGUCUGAUAUCCUCCCCCACCUUCUCUUUAUGUUUUACAACAGGACUACAAUAUACUGUAUUGGUAAUACAAAGCGGGAGCAGCAGAGGUGAAAAUGAUAGUAAACAGAGCCAGUCCAAACAGACUGUGAGGUGCUGCUGUGUUUAUAGUGACUUCAGCCAUGAUUUGCUGACUGCAGGUUAGAAGCCUCUAGUUGGGCAUUCAGACCAUCACUUUCUUGACCCUUUGGAGCCAGAAAUGACAAACUUUUGACAUGAGGCUGGAUUCACGUUGCUAAGCCUCUUUGCUGAUCAGGUCAGUUCAGUGUUUGAAAUGGUUCGAAUCAGAGGUUCCCAAAUUCUCUCAUGUCAAGAACCACCGUAUAGCUUUAACCUCUGGACAGAAACUCCUCCCCUACAUGAAGAUGGUAAAUAUCAAAGAUAUAAACAAUCAACUUCUUCUUAGAUAGUAUUUGAUAUUUUAAUUCUAUCGAUUCAGUUCAUCCAGAGUCUUUUUGGUCAACAAUAUUUUACAAUUUUUCAGAGAAAUAUGUCAGCGUGUCCCGUCCUUUCAGACUUGCUGGAGUAAAGCCAUACUUUAUGUCUGCUGGCUCAUACAUAUGGGUAUUCACUGCAGGUGUCUGUUUUGUGGCUUCAAUCUGGUGUUACUAUUCCUAGUUUUCAGCUAUUAAAACAUUUUCCAAUGUCUCAGUUGAACUCCAGGCAGCUGACUGAUAAGAGUAGGAAUAAGAAUAACUUUAUUAAUGGCCGAAGGGAAAUUCAAUUGUCUGUUGUCUCACAUAAUAUGUCUCUAAAAGUUAUCUAUUAUUUACACAAGAGUUAUAAAGUCUGAUGGCUGUUGGUACAAAAGAUCUUCUGAAUCUUUCUGUCCUGCAGCGAAGAGAGAGGAGCCGUCCACCACCAUUGGCCCUUUGGUCCAUCAAGAUGUUGUAAAGUGGGUGAUCCAUGUUCUUAAGAUCCAUGUCCUGAGUGGCUUGGCUGUUGUAUGCUUUUUUAUCUCAGAAUGAUCAGCAUGGAAUAAGAGAACUUAAAGUAUCCCUUUGUUUAGAUGAGAGUGGCCCCAAUUGUGUUUUGAAAAAUAAAAUCUGUGUUCAUAUGACAAAGUGGCAAAGAUCUGUGUGUAAAGGUCCUUACCAUAGACUGUAUAUACUAUGGACAACCUGGUUCUGCCUACCUCCUGUAUACGGAUUUGAAGCCAAAAAGCUCUCAGUAUUUCCAGGAUUUUUCUUCAUUUCCUGAAACCAGCGCUGUGCAGUAGCGUUGUGCGCACUCUGAUGCGCCUGACUAUACACAUCAAGCCUGAUGCAAUUUUUACAGGGGGAAAAAAGACACAUCCCGGAUGGAAGCGAGUAGACUGACACAACACGAGACUGACUGUUUUUCAGUUCUGAUUAGACACUAGUGUUGAGAUGACUGUCUGUCAUGAUAGCAUGUACUGAGUCGGGGCCAGUACCAGAUACUGGCCAGUGCCCAAAUUUCCCAAUCAAAUUACAAUCUGAUUGGUCAGAAGUGGACACACAGAAUGCGAAACUUUUGGAAAAAUCGACCAUUAUCUGAAAAAAUGCCGCAAUAUCGCAGGACGGGAAAUCGUCGCUGAUGCAACGAACGCUUGUAUUGGCAGGAUACGGGUUCAAAAAAAAAUAUCUGACAUCCGAAAUAAUCGCACGAUAAAAACGGUCCCGGUGUGAAAGGACCUUUAGACAGAAAGCGCUGCAGUAUGCAUGCACUUUGCUGGAGAAUCAUUAAUAUACCCAGGAGAGUUAGCAAUAACAUAGCUCAGUGGUCCACCAUUAUUGUCCUUCUCCUCCUGUUUGCACACAGCUGUUUGACUGAAAUCGUAUUACAUCUGUGAAGAAGGCUGAGGCAUCUGUAGCAAUUUCUUAAAGAGGUGUUUUGAGCUGAACUCAAGAGCAGACCGGAGACAAAAGAAGUGUUGAAAGGUUUAUUGUUAGUAAUGGUGAAGGGAGGAAGGUAAUCCACGUUUGGAGGUGCGAGGAAGCUCUGAGGUUAGAGUGAGUAACUGAGGAGGCAGGUGAGUGAUAGGUGCGAGAUUGGUGGCAGAGGUUGCGGCUCGGCGUGUCGGGCUUGUGGAGGCAGUGGAGAAGUAAAGAGGGGAGCUGGGUAAGAAACAGGUAAGCACAAAUAUUAGCAAUUCUACAAACUUUUAGACACUCCUGGUCGUCGGUCUUGAUCUGACGCUGAGGAGCCUCUCUGCAGCGCUUAGGUGUAAAGAGUGAUUAGUGUUCAGGCGCAGGUGCGUACAUGCCGGAGGAGCAGAGAAAAGGGGGAAAUCUCCCCACAACACAAAAUGAAAUAAUGGAUGCAAAUCACCACAGCAUCACUGUUUUCAGAGGAUGGUUUCCACAGCGACAAAGGCUUGCACGUUCAUGACUCUACUCUGAAAACAAGUUUCAUAAACUUUGUGUUUCCAGAAACUCAUACCGCCAUUUCUGUAUAAAGGAGCAUCCAAACACAACAUUUAUCACUGUGUGCUAGAUACAUGUCAGUGUGAACAGCUUCUUAAAAGUGCACAGACGUCUAAUAAUAAACACUGCUUAUUUAAUGUUAUAGUCAAAAAUAUCACUUAUGACCCCAAUUUUGAGAAACAGUGAUCUCUGUAGAAGUGAGUCUAGGCAGAGAUCAUCUCUUUCAGCUGAGUCAAGCCCAUUUUUUUGUCAGUGAAGGUAUCUUGAAUGUGUAGCCUUCAUUAAUGCUUCCCUGAUGUACAGAUUCUAAAUCAGCUUGUGUUUUCCUAGUACUGCUUUAAUUCUGCCUCGGGCGCCAAGGUCACAGCAUUUGGCAGCCAUUAAGCCAUUAAGACGCUGCGGGGUGGACACACUUUGAUAGACCUGCCCUCUAUUUCCCUUUGUGCUUCUUCUCUCUGGCUUUCAGUCCAAGUUCUUUUCCAUCCAUCUCUCUUUCACUCUCACUUUUCUUUAGGAUGCGUGUCUUUGCAGAUUUUUUUUAUCUAAUGUGGAGAACGGCAUCACUCGGCCUGAAUAAGGACUGUGGGCAGCCGAUACAGUGUAAUGCUGUAAUGCUCUGUGUCCUCUGACAUGACUCUGAAAAGCCAGACUUUCCAUCCUCCAGAAACCGCUUAGACAAUCCUCCUAUCUUAUAAUUCCCAGGAAACUCUCUUCUGACUCACAGUAACUGUUGUUAAUGCAAAAUAAAAAAAUGAUAGAUAGAUAGAUAGAUAGAUAGAUAGAUAGAUAGAUAGAUAGAUAGAUAGAUAGAUAGAUAGAUAGAUAGAUAGAUAGAUAGAUAGAUAGAUAGAUAGAUAGAUCAUUACUGUCUGCUAAAUCAGCGAUUUGUAAAUACUUAUCCCAUCAGAAUAAAAAAAACUUGUUGAUUCAAUUACCUUUUCAACACAGUUAUAAUUAAAUCCAUUAUUGCAUAAAAAAUAUGCAGAACAUAGAUUUGAAUUUUAUUAUUUACAUUGGCCACAGUUUUGUCUAUAGUCUCGUAAAAUAGACAUUAAAAUAUAACAUGAGAUACUUCUGAUUAAUGCCUCUUGUGGAAAUUAACCUGAUUCAAAUGUUACCAUGAGUGAUUUUUCAAUUUUGAUUUAUUUCACUAUUUCACUCAUAAACUGCACUCUGUCUGCAGAAUUAAAACACAGAGGUAAAGGGAAUAACUAUCAAUAUGAAUAUGUGUAUUAUAUUAUCUGUAACACUUAUUAUAAACACCAAAUCAGACUCUAAAAAGUAGGAGAGGCUUCCUUAAGGCGCCCAAAACUUAAACUUGUACACCAGCAGUGCCUUAGUGUGUUCAUUAUUACCUCACCAACUACAGAAGAACACACACAAGACAACGCAGUCGUCCCAUUCCUAAAAAAAAAAAUGUGCCGUAGGAUUCAGUUCAGUAAAACACAUAUGAAAAAGGUUUCUGCACAUCAAACUGGAACAUGAUUUCUUUUGUUCUGACGAUUCUUCCUAAAGGAGGAAGGAAAGAAUGAGUAAACACUUCUAACCUCCCUCUAUCCUUUCUAUAGAUAGCAACUCAAUCCUAUUACAAUUAUCCUGAAAUGUCCUGGCGAGGGCUGCAAAGGGAAGACUCAGACCUCACAUGCUUUAGCAAACCUCACUCGGCUUGACAUCGGAGUUGGUCAUCUUUUUUUUCCAGAGUUUUCAAGGAGUGUCCAUUUAGUGAGCAGACGUAUAAAAAGUAGGAGAAUAAGGCUUCAAACCAGCAGCUUUCAUACAGGUUCAGACUUGCUUAAAGAAUCCUCUUUUCAAAUUUCUAGCUGACUAAAUUCAAGGUGACAACUUAAGAUUGAUUUGUGUCCACUUAUUAAAAAAAAAACUGGUAAUGCCAAAUGUUUACUUAUUUUGUCCGGUUUAGUUGUUUAGUCAGCAUCUCCUUCUCAUAAACGGCUGAACAGGAAUGUGAAUCCAGUGUCUCUCCAUAUGACACCCUGAAGACUCUUUCCGUUAAUGCUUUCUUUAAUAUCAGCUUUGACUCAUGUUCUUAAUUCUAACUGAAUUCCUUUUCUAAAAUAGAAAACUGAGUUAUAACAAACCUUAUACAAAAGUUGAGUUAAACUUGACAAUAAACUUUAUUUAUUUAUAAAAUUGUUUUUGCAUUCAGAAAGCCCUCCACAGUUUGUGAAAACAUGUCAGAAAAGCUCCCUAAAUGCUGGGGAUGCAACACCAAGGAAAGCCAUAUAGUGACUUAAUGUGAUUUUGAUGUGCCUCAAAGGAGCUUAUUACAGAAACGACUUCAGAACCCUCCUUAGAAAAAAACUGCUUGGUUCUUGGUUUCAGGUUGUAGGUGUCCUUGAGCUGUUAGCAACUACCUCGUUAACUUUUUAUUUUUAACUAAAGCUAGUAUUUUUCUGCAGGUGAGGUGUGCCAAAUUUCAAACACAGGAAUGUAAGAAGGUGUGAUCCUUAACCCUGCCCUGUGUCUGUUGACACUGGGUUAACACGCUGCCAUGUGACUAAAAAGCUCUACCAGGAUGUGAAAUAUUAACAAAAAUAUUAUAUCUAGUGUAAAAGUUUGUAAAUGUCUUUGUAUUACCAUCCCACUCUGGCUGUUAUUAUAUCAAUAAAAACAACUUAUUUCAGAAAUAAACAGGUUUCAUCUGUUGAAUAAAACUGAAUAUUUAAAGAGAAGACCAAAUAAAAACUCUGGAAUCACCAGAGCAAGUACUGAGAUCUAAAACGAGGACAGUAUGAGGACAGCCUUUAGAAGUUUGUUUAGUUUUUGUUCUGACAGUCCCUUUGCAGGUCAUUUGUGGAUGACCACUGACUUGGGUAGCUUUUCAUUGUCUUCUUUCUGUGUGCAGUGGUUGAUUCUCAGAUCAUUAAAUAAGAGAUAUCUUUUGUAAUUUUUUUUUGAGCUGCUUCCCUCCAAGUUGGUGUCUUUUGAGCAACAUCUGUCUUCUCAAAGCCAAACUACCACCAUAGAAAUGAGGAUGAUCCACAUCUGGCAAUAAAAUCCAACAACAUUAAUUCUGAGGCUGGCAAUGUAUUUGUAGUGGGUUUUUUUUUACCUCAGCCAUGCAUGAUGCGAUACCACAUAUAAAUCUCACAGGCCUGUCUUCCCAUUGUUUGACAAUCGUUUGAAGAAUGACAUGCUGCAUAUUGUCUUUUGCCCACUGUUAAAAUUAGAUAAAAUCUUGUACAACCUCAGAUUUUCCUUCUUUGAUUUGUUCGGUACAAAAACAAAUCAGCAUAAAGCACCAUUUGCUAUGUCCUCUGAUACAUGUUCUCAAUGACUCAAAAUCUGGUCUUUGUCUUGCAGAUCCUGGCUAUGAUCUCCAUUCUGUUCAUCAUCAUUUCCACCAUCUCGUUGUCCCUCAACACUUUGCCAGAGCUCCAGGUUGUAGAUGAAUUUGGACAGUUCAACGAUAACCCUAACUUAGCCCAUGUGGAAGCUGUCUGCAUUGCCUGGUUCACCAUGGAGUACCUACUGCGUCUGCUCUCAGCACCCAACAAGUGGAAUUUCAUCAAGGCACCUCUGAACAUCAUUGAUUUACUGGCUAUCCUGCCUUAUUAUGUGACACUCUGCCUAACAGAGUCUAACAAGAGUGUGCUGCAGUUUCAGAAUGUCCGCAGGGUGGUCCAGAUCUUCCGCAUUAUGAGAAUCCUGAGAAUCCUGAAGCUUGCCAGGCAUUCAACUGGACUCCAGUCGCUUGGUUUCACUUUGCGCAGAAGCUAUAACGAGUUAGGUCUGCUGAUCCUCUUCCUUGCCAUGGGCAUUAUGAUCUUCUCCAGCUUGGUGUUCUUUGCUGAAAAAGAUGAGGAUGCCACCAAAUUCACCAGCAUUCCUGCCUCCUUUUGGUGGGCUACCAUAACCAUGACUACUGUCGGUUAUGGAGACAUCUACCCACAAACCCUGCUGGGCAAGAUUGUAGGAGGACUCUGCUGCAUAGCAGGUGUGUUGGUCAUCGCCCUUCCCAUCCCAAUCAUCGUUAACAACUUCUCUGAAUUCUACCGAGAGCAGAAGAGGCAAGAAAAAGCCAUCAAGAGAAGGGAAGCACUUGAGAGAGCUAAACGUAGUGGAAGCAUUAUUUCUAUCAACCUCAAGGAUGCUUUUGCACGUAGUAUGGAACUCACAGAUGUGUUGGUGGAAAAGAGAGAGGACAGUAAGUGUCCAGUGGACAACCACCUGUCACCCAGCCGUUGGAGCUACCACAAACGUUACUCCAAUGCAGAGGUUGGUAGUCCAGGAAGGUCCCAACAUGCACAUUACCAGGAAGUAGCUCAGCGGGGCUCCCCUGAACGAGUCAAACUCACGUCUAACAAAGCCCCUUCUCAACACCCCAACACAAAGCGACAGGACGACACUCACAGUGAGCAGCAGGAUAAAUUACUGGAGGAGAAGAUGGAGAUGAAAGUGCUGACGUCCAGCCAGGCCCGGAGGAUUUCACCAGAUAUCAGCCUUGCCAGAAAGUUCUCCAAAGCAGAAGAAGAUUAUUCAGUAGAAAGAGGAGAAAGAAGUUCAAAGCUACCCAGCACAGAAGUGGGUCAAACUGGAGGUAGACAUCAGCAUAUUCCCCCUCCAUUAGAUCUGAGCCAGAUCAGCAACAUGGAGGUGAACCGAGGUCCUGACGCCAUCCAGCCAAUGAGCAUCAUUAAAGAGGGCUUGUAUGAGUUUGUUUCUGGCUCCAGAGAGGGUGGAGCUGGAGAUGUGGCUUUGGUGCCCCAGAGAGUGGAUAACUUUGGGGUGAACUAUGACAGCGUUUGCAGCACCUUACGAGAUUAUAAAAGCCCCCAGAAAACAAGGGCCCUAAAGGUUGACUUAAUUGAAUCUCAUGAUGAUGUGCUUAUGGCUGUGAUGACACCUGUGAUGACCCAAGCCCCCACUGGCCUAACCAUGAUCACUCCAUUACUUCCUGACGACUUGAUUCCCAGGUUUCCCUCAUCUUCUGGCACUACAGCGCAGGACGUUAAGCCUCCACUGGCAGUCCUGCAAUCUCCGUCUGUGCCACACAGAUCUGUCAGUCCAAGCAACUCUCAGAGGGAAGGUGAGGGCUCAGCCGGCAGGAGCUUAGAGGGUGAAGGGCAGCACACAAGCUUAAGCCACCAAGGGAGGAAUCACAUGGAAAGGUCUGCCGUCGGCCCAGGCAGCAGUGUUAGCCCACUGUCAGCUAAAGCUAGCCCGCUUAACUGCUUCCAGGAGCUCGUAACAACAGAGAGAGGGGUGGAAGGUGAAGGGAGAGAGGUAACAGAACAGAGAGAAGAGAGAAGAGAAAACCACAUUGUGAUGGAUGGGAGCCUGACACCACCCUGUGAAACAAGCAUGUAA